CGUCACCGUCUUUGACGACAGGCGAAAGCGCUACGAUAGAGGAGCUUGCGUGAGGUGUUCAUACGAAAUCGUCCGAAAAUCCAUCAGACACGAAAGACAUAAAAAGAAAAAUCACAUUUCGUAUUUGUCCGUUCUUUAUUCCGUUAAAAUAAAAUUUAUCGGGCGAUGAAAAAUUUACAAACACAAAUAAUUGCAGCGUUGCUGUUGACACUGACGUUCUUCUUUACUCACGCUCUGUGCCAUGGUUCAGAAUACAGUGACGAGUAUAAACGAGACAAUAACAGAGAUAGAAGGGAAUCUGUUGCAGGAUUGAUACCGUUUCCCAGAGUCGGGAGGUCAGGUAUCGAAUCUGCUCUACAAAUGGACAAUUUGUACGAUACCCAACAAGAACUAAGAAGUCACAAAAGAGAAGGACUUAUUCCUUUUCCCAGGAUUGGCAGAAGGAGUGAUUCGAAGAACACAGCUCUCUGGUUUGGUCCUAGGUUAGGACGAUCAGCCGUGGUACCAGAAAAUUAUGAUACAUCGUACUUAGAUUCUGGUACAAUACACCAGCAAUCAUAAAAACUUUAAUUGAAAUGAAAAGCAAAAACUUUGGUGAUGAAGAUGACAAUCUAAUGUAAUAUUGUGUUGUGUACUUUAAAAUUUAUUUUACUUUUCUUAAAACAAUUUCGUGAUUUAGCUAGUAGUGCAAUAGUAUACAGCAGACAGCUGUAAAACAGAAUAUUUGAUACCUACCUACGAUAUUUUAUUUUGAAAUCAUAUGUUAUAAUAGAUACAAUGAAUGAAUUAUUGUUUAGUGUUAUUUAA